UUCCUUUGUAUUUCUGGAAAAUGCUAACUGUUGAAGAAAAUGAACUGUGCUAUCCACACCUCAACUCAUCCUGCAGGAAGGCCACACAUCCUCUCUCUCUGUCCAUGCUUAUUUAUGUUGCACUAUCCUUGCUCGCUCUUCUUACUGUGAUUUUUAACCUACUGGUCAUCAUUUCUGUCUGCCACUUUAAGAGGCUCCACAGCCCCACCAACAUCCUGCUGCUCUCUCUGGCUGUCUCAGACUGCCUGGUGGGAUUCCUCAUUUCAUUCCAGAUAGAGCUGAUAGAUGGCUGCUGGUAUCUUGGGGACAUCAUGUGUGCCCUCUACUUUGUGUCAGACUAUGCUAUUACAUCCGCCUCAGUGGGAACCAUGGUGCUUAUUUCUGUUGACCGUUAUGUGGCCAUCUGUCACCCACUGCAUUACUCCAGUAAAGUCACAGCAGAGAGAGCAAAAAUUUGUGCUGUCAUUUGUUGGAUUUCUUCUGUUCUGUUUCACAGCUUCCUGCUGAGAAGUAACCUGCAAAAACCAGGCAGAUACAACUCCUGCUCUGGAGAGUGUGUAGUUGGUGUUGAUUAUGUUGGAGAAAUUCUUGACCUCCUGCUGUCCUUCGUCGGUCCUGUCACUGUGAUCAUUAUUCUGUAUGUGAGAGUGUUUGUAGUGGUUGUGUCUCAGGCUCGAGCCAUGCAGUCUCACGUUGCAGCGGUCUCUGUGAGCGUCACAGCUAAGAAAUCUGAAAUCAAAGCAGCUGUUAUCCUUGGUGUUGUCGUAGUUGUGUUUCUAAUAUGCACCUGCCCAUAUUACUGUGUCGCACUCAUAGCUGAGGAUGCUGGGGUCAGUGCUUCAUCUGUAGCCUUCCUUCUGUUUUAUUUUAAUUCCACCCUGAACCCUCUGAUCUACGCCCUGUUUUAUCCCUGGUUUAGGAAAUCAGUUAAACUCAUUCUUACACUGCAGGUCCUGAAAACUGGUUCCUCUAACACUAAUGUGGUUUGAAGCACAAUGAGAUACAGAUUUAAAUGUACAAAGAUGCAGGUACAGAGGAACUCUUCCUGAUAUUGAUAUUUCCUACUAAAGGCCCAAUAAAAUAAUAAGUUUAAUAAAAGUGUGUGCUUCCAUCAGAGAUUUUGUUUUUUACCAACUAACUGAACAUAGAUUAACCAAUUUCAGAAAAAUAUGACCUGAACUCUACAAGAAUAAAAGUCAAUAUCCAAAUCCCAAAAUAUCCUAACCACUCCCACAAAACCUGUCUUCACCAGAUCAAGGUGUUACAAAACAAGUUGGAGAUAUAAGGAAUAAACUUAUUCAUGAACUUGCACAAAUUUGAUACAAGGUCACUGGUAAAGCAGAUGUGAUUAAAUGCAGUUUUGAACUGAAAUGUUGACAAAUCAGUUUUCUCAUGUAAGUAGCAGGUUUUUAGGGAAAAUCUGAGGUGUGUGUGAUGUGAUAAAUGUUGAAAGAGUGUUAAGGUCCUUUUCAGUACAGAUCAGCUUCACCAGCUGACAAAUAACCCACACAUGGCAUGUUGGUUGAAUGUAGUGCUGACUGACUGUGCAGUUUUAUGUGCACAAAUACUGUAUAUGCCUCCAAGUGUUCAUCCACCGCACAGGUCUGUUAAUAAAUUGUCAACCUAGUUAUAGUGUCUAUUAUGGCUAGUUUUAGUUAACCACACUGUAAAUGUUAUGGUUACAAAUUGUUUUGAACUUUAUUAGCUGUUAACAAAAUCAUUCGUGAAAUGUAAAAAGAAAAGAAACAGAACUACA